ACAGUGGAUAUAUUCUGCACACUGACUGGAUGCAGAGGACAGAAAACAGACAUCAGCAUACAGAAGUCAUUCAGGUUGUGGUCCUGCAGCUUUCAAAGCUAAAGAUUGUGUGUUGGAUCGUCAUCGUCAUCUGUCUUCCUUUGAUCAUACUGGCCAUCUACUAUCUGUAUUAUCUGGUACGUCAUAAUCACGUUGCUCCAAUCUACGUCAUCAACCUCCUCAUCUCUGACCUUAUUCAGCUCUGUUGCAUGGCCACAUUGUUGGGAAAACUCAAGUUUGUUUGGGUCGACAUCAUCUUCUCAAUUCACAACAUUGGUGUAAUGGCCAGUGUUGGCUUCAUGGUCUGUAUUUCCCUGGAAAGGUAUUUGCUCAUCGCCUUGCCUCUGUGGUACCGCUCCAGACGAACCAUGAAGGUCUCAGUGGUGGUCUGUGUUGUGGUCUGGGUCUUAGCUUUGGUCGUUAUCUGUUCUGACAUAUUAAGUCAGGGUGGACCCAUGCCCAUUGCAGUAAUCCUUCUCCUCCCCUUCCCCGUGCUCAUCUUCUCUGUGGUUGGGAUCUUUAAAGGCCUGUCUGCUGCCAUCUCGGUCUCCUCUGAGGAAAAACGACGAAUUGUUGGAGCAACAAUUCUGGUGUUGCUUAAUUACACACUGCUGUUUCUGCCUUUCAUAAUUGGUACCAUAACACACGAUUAUACUAUGACUGACCCUUUGGCAUUCAUCUUCUUCAAUCCUCUUGGAGACUUGGUUCUGUAUGUGUUCAUGAGAAAAGGGGCCAUAGACAAGAUUUUAGCCUCUCUGUGUUGUUGCAGGAUGGAAACACAACAGCAGCAGAUCAUUACUGUAAAUGAUGACAGCAUGAAGACAGUCAGCUCUGUGUAG